AUGGCGACAUGGAAACUUGGCCCUGCGCUCGCCUGUGGAAACACCGUCGUGCUCAAGGCCGCUGAGCAGACCCCUCUCAGCAUCCUCUUUCUUGGGACCCUCAUCAAGGAGGCAGGCUUCCCGCCCGGCGUGGUCAAUUUCGUCAACGGUCACGGCCGCGUUGCAGGUAGAGCGUUAGUGGGCCAUCCUCUAGUCGACAAGGUUGCCUUCACCGGCAGCACGGCGACAGCCAGAGUCAUUAUGAGUGAGGCGGCCAAGACGCUCAAGAACAUCACCCUCGAGACUGGCGGCAAGUCCCCCUUGCUUGUCUUUGGUGACGCGGAUCUCGAACAGGCCGUCAAAUGGUCACACAUGGGAAUCAUGUCAAACCAGGGUCAAAUCUGCACUGCGACGUCAAGAAUAUUGGUCCAGGAGUCCGUGUAUGAUGAGUUCAUCCCCAAGUUCCUCGAGACGCUCAAUACCGUCAGCAAGGUCGGGAGCCAAUGGGAUAAGGACACUUUUCAAGGGCCUCAAGUGUCCAAGGUCCAGUACGAACGCGUGCUGGAAUACAUUGACAUCGGAAAGAAGGAGGGCGCCAAGCUCGCUGCCGGCGGGGAGCCCCUGAACAUUGGCGGCAAGGGCAAGGGAUUCUUCGUUGCGCCCACGGUCUUCACUAACGUCACCACCAAGAUGCGUGUGUGGGGUGAGGAGAUCUUUGGUCCCGUUGUGGUCAUUGCCAGCUUCAAGACUGAGGAGGACGCUAUCAACUUGGCCAACGACAGCCAGUACGGACUCGGCGCCGCUGUCUUUACGCAAAAUAUCGAGCGUGCCCACCGUGUGGCUUCGGAGAUCGAGUCUGGUAUGGUGUGGAUAAACAGCACCCAAGACAGUGAUCCGCGCGUGCCAUUUGGCGGCGUUAAGCAAAGUGGUAUUGGCAGAGAGUUGGGCGAGGCAGGUCUGGAGGCAUACAGCCAAAUCAAGGCUGUCCACGUCAACAUGGGCACAAAGUUGUAG